AGAGAGAGAGAGAGACAGAGAAGAGAGCAACUUCUAGAGAGAGAGACGGUGCGAGCAAUGGCGGCCACACACCCCAAAAGCACCCCUAUUGACCUAACUCCAUGACCUAACAAUCCACACAGACCAAGAAAAGUCUACAACUUUAUUACUCAAUCGUAAACACUUCCACGAUCUCUCUCAAACCACCAUUCAACCCAUACAUUUUCUUUUUCUUUUUCUUUUUUCUUUUUGCACUAGAGAGAGAAACUAGGGUUUAGAUAAUUUGUGUAUUCGAUUGAUAAUUUGAAUCGGCGGCGAUGGAUGAGGCGUUGAUCGACGACAUCAUUCGGAGGCUUCUUGAUGCGAAGAACGGCCGUGUGCCGAAGCAGGUGCAGAUUACGGAGGCGGAGAUUCGGCAGCUUUGUGUCGCUUCCAAGGAAAUCUUUCUCAGUCAGCCUAAUCUUCUUGAACUCGAAGCUCCUAUCAAAAUUUGCGGGGAUGUUCAUGGUCAGUUUUCUGAUCUUCUGCGGCUGUUUGAGUAUGGGGGCUAUCCACCUGAGGCAAAUUAUUUAUUUUUGGGGGACUAUGUUGAUCGUGGUAAGCAGAGCAUAGAAACAAUAUGCCUUCUCCUUGCGUACAAGAUCAAAUACAAGGAGAACUUUUUCCUUCUCAGGGGCAACCAUGAAUGUGCUUCCAUUAACCGUAUAUAUGGGUUUUAUGAUGAGUGCAAGAGGAGGUUUAACGUCCGUGUUUGGAAGACAUUUACUGAUUGCUUUAACUGCCUGCCAGUUGCUGCUUUAAUUGAUGAGAAGAUCCUCUGCAUGCAUGGAGGAUUGUCCCCCGACUUAAGAAACUUGGAUCAAAUUAGGAAUAUAGCUCGCCCUGUUGAUGUGCCAGAUCAGGGCCUGAUCUGUGACCUACUGUGGGCUGACCCUGAUAAAGAUAUUGAAGGAUGGGGAGAGAAUGACAGGGGUGUGUCAUAUACCUUUGGGGCUGAUAAGGUUUCCGAGUUCCUUCAGAAGCAUGAUCUGGAUCUCGUCUGCCGAGCUCACCAGGUUGUGGAAGAUGGGUACGAAUUUUUUGCUAAACGACAGCUUGUGACCAUAUUCUCAGCACCCAAUUACUGUGGUGAGUUUGAUAAUGCUGGUGCAAUGAUGAGUGUGGAUGAUACGCUAACAUGUUCCUUUCAGAUUCUUAAACCCUCGGAUAAGAAAGGGAAAACAGGAUUUGGCAACAUGUUGAGACCAGGAACGCCACCGCAUAAGGGCGGGAAGGGUUGAAUAAUCUGCACCAGCACUUGCCAUAUGAUCAAAAGAGCACAGCAAACAGGACCAACCCCAUUUGAUGCCUCUUGUCCGGCUGCAGUCUACUGAAUCAUUUUGUGCGGUGUUUGUGGCACUGCACAGGGUUUUGCCUUAAUCGUAAAGUUGAUGGGUUAAGUGUGUGCCAUCUUUUCAGACCGAUGGUUUGCAUGGAAAACUGGGCCAUUUUGGGAAAAGCUCAGGCACCUGCUAAAUGUACAAUUCAGGUUUCUUAAAUUGUGCAAAAUGGAAUUUGACUUUGUUAGGUUGAACUGUUAUUCUCGACACAAUCUUGUGUUAUUGUGAUAUUUUUCAUUUUCUGUUACUUGCCAAAUGGGUAACACCUUUUUAAUGCAACUGAUUAUGUUGGUUUGCUACUAUUUUGGAAUUAUUAUGCUGCCUUUCUUA